AUGGCUGAGGAGCUGGAGUUGAUAACUCAAGGCGGAGGCUCAUCGUCGAUCCAGCAGAUGGCGGAGUGGUUCUUGGUACUGGACUCAGUGUUACCGGCCUCCGUUCUGCCUCUGGCUGCUGCUGUGGGACUGGUAAGGCAGCUCGCAGCCCUCUGAGCUCUGCUAGCAAGCCCUCCUCUCUCCUCUGCUGCCCCUCCAGGAAAGUUCUCAUCACUGUAAGCAGCUCCGCCCCAGCACCUGA